AUGCGAGAAGCAGGUACCUCUACUUUGAUUUCCACUUAGAUCUUCAUACAAGACGACUAUAAGACAUACACUUUAACAAAAAAUUCAAAUUUUUUGUUACGUUUAGUCGAUGUCUGAUAAGUUGAUUCUUACACAACUCUGUGAAAAUGAAAUAUCAUCCAGUCAUCAUCUGGUAGACAACUACAGGGUAUUUAUUAUAACCUUCUUCUACCCUACCCCAACAGCUACUUCGAGUGCGGUGAUGAAUGCCGAUGAUGGGCAACGCAGUAGUGCUUCUUCUCAGAGAGCGCCUGAACAAGGAGCGACGCAGGGAAUUCAACAGGAGGGUAGUGGUCGUAGAGGUGCGACUCGUAGCAGUAGCUCUUCAGCUGUCGGUUCCUCUGCACGUAGUGCUGCUGCUUCGUCUGCGCGUAGCAGUGCGCGGAUGCACGAAAAAUCGAUCCAGCCUGUCGUGAGGCCCCACGCGGUUAAACACAACCACGCAACUGUAGUGAAGGAGAUGGGGAUUCAGCCCUUGAACAUGCAGAAAGUACAGUCGCAAAAAUCGGCUGUCGAUAACCUAGUAGCCGGAGCAACACAACUGGGUAACGGAGGAGCAGGGGCGAUGACAAUGACGAUUCCCAUGAAGGCGCCUCCGCCAGCGCCGGCGAUACCUGGAAGCGCUGUUGGAUCCAACGUUUCGAGGCCGGUUUGAGGGAACUCUUUUUUAGCCACUGUGAAAUUAGUCUUAGAAUGAAAAGGAAGAGCGCGAAAAGCGUGGUAGAUACUAAUAUUUAUAAUAUUUCAACACCAACUCUCUCAUCUGAAUUUUAUCACAUUUUGUUUGCGAAAGAUACUCCAAUCAUCUCGAAGUUGAAAAACUAACUAACUGAUCUCCAAGUUUGAUAAUCGUGUUAACAGCUAAAAUCUAUUGGAAUCGAGUAAUUGAUGUUUGCUUCGGCAUUAUUAGCAUGUAGACACAAAAUGUUCUGUGAGUAGAAAGAUUUUUGUAGACUACUUCGAUAGAGGAGGAUAAUUGUAGAGUGUACUGGCGCUUCUGAUGUUGAGAACGCAAGGUUAUGAGAUUCUCAACUGCAUGCUGCUCAACAGCCAGGAAAAGCGCAUGUUUUCACGGUGCUGUGUUGCUUACGAAAACAUGAGAAGCUAAAAAAAUGUGGAAGGAAGCUGUGGAAGGAAGCUAGUGGAUAAGAGAGCG